AUGACAUCAACCACCACCAGCGUCGUCCAGAACAUGUUCUCCCUCGAGGGCCACACUGCCCUCAUCACCGGUGCCACGCGCGGCAUCGGUCAAGCCGUAGCCAUUGCCCUCGCCGAGGCCGGCGCCGAUAUUCUUCUCGUUCAGCGCGACGAAACCUCCACCACCACCCUCAACGCCAUCCGCUCCCUCGGCCGCCAGGCCACCAUCUACAAAGCCGACCUCUCCUCCCCCACCGACGUCGCCUCUUUGGUGCCACGCAUCCUCUCCGACGGACACACCAUCCGCAUCCUCAUCAACUGCGCCGGCAUCCAACGGCGGCACCCCUCCCACCUUUUCCCGGACGCCGACUUCGCCGAAGUGAUGCAAGUCAACCUCAACACCGUCUUCACUCUUUGCCGGGACGUGGGCGCGCACAUGUUGGGUCUAGACCCCCACCCCGUUACUUGCCGAAAAGGGUCGGUGAUCAAUUUUGCUUCCCUCCUCACGUUCCAGGGUGGGUUGACGGUCCCUGCUUAUGCGGCGAGUAAAGGGGCGGUGGGGCAGUUGACCAAGAGCUUUGCGAAUGAGUGGACGAGUCAAGGGGUGACGGUUAAUGCGAUUGCGCCGGGGUAUAUUGAGACGGAGAUGAAUGAGGCGUUGUUGAGGGAUGAGGAGAGGUUGAAGAGUAUUAGUGCGAGGAUUCCGGCUGGGAGGUGGGGAAGUCCGGAGGAUUUCAAGGGGACGGCUGUGUAUCUGGCCAGUAAGGCGAGUGGUUACGUGAGCGGCCAUGUGUUGGUUGUUGAUGGUGGGUGGAUGGGACGGUAA